CAUAGUACAAACAAACGUUUUAUAUAUACACAGAUAACAAAGAAGGAACAAUAAUCAAUUAAAGGGUUUGGAGUUGGCCUAUCCAAUCAUAGUGUAGUAUUCAUUAAUAAGUCACUCGAUCACUUCACUGCUUAAUUUGAUUCCCAUGGAGGAGGAGAAGAGGACAACAGUAGUAACCGUGGUCGGCGCCGGACCGUCGGGGCUGGCCAUGGCGGCGUACCUCCACCACCUCUCCAUCCCGUACACACUCCUCGAACGAGAAGACUGCUUCGCCUCCCUCUGGCAAAAGUAUGCCUACGACCGCCUUCAUCUCCACCUCACUAAGAAAAUCUGUCAGCUCCCAUUAAUGGAAAUGCCCCAAUCUUACCCUAAAUACCCUUCCAGAACCCAAUUCCUCGCCUACCUGAACGACUACGUCUCCGCCUUCCAAAUCCGCCCAAUCUACCACCGCCACGUGGUCAUGGCCGACUACGACGAGGCCGCCGCCGAAUGGACCGUCAAGGCAAGGAAUUCGGCGUCGGAGCAAGAGGAAUUCGAGGUUUACCGGUCGCGGUUUCUGGUGGUCGCCACCGGAGAAUCGUGCGAUCCACGCUUGCCGGAGGUGGAGGGUUUGUCUGAUUUCCGGGGAGAGGUUCUGCACUCGACCAGGUACAAGAAUGGUAAGAAAUUUCAAGGAAAGAACGUUUUGGUUGUCGGGAGCGGCAAUUCGGGCAUGGAGAUCGCCUUCGACCUCGCUAACUGUGGCGCCAAGACCUCCAUCCUUGUCCGAAGCCCGACGCAUAUAUUGCCGAGGUGGGUGAUGAAUGCAAAUGCUUUAUAUUUUCUGUUCAAGCAUUUGCCUCUACAUUGGGUGGAGUGGGUGGUGGUAAUGACCUGCAGAUUAGCUUUUGGAGACUUGACCAAAUAUGGAAUUGAAAGACCCAAAGAAGGGCCCUUUACAGUGAAGAUGAAGUACGGAAGGUUUCCCAUCAUCGAUGUCGGAACAGUUGAGAAGAUCAAGUCCGGAGAAAUUCAGGUGCUGCCGGCGGUAAUAAAAACCAUUAAGCCCAAUAACACUGUUCUGCUUCAGAACGGGAAGGAAUAUCCAUUUGAUGUCAUCAUUUUCGCCACAGGCUUCAAAAGAUCUACCAAGCAGUGGCUCAAGGAGGAUUAUGGGCUGUUAAAUGAUGAUGGGUUUUCGUUUAACGGCCCAAACUACUGGAAAGGUAAAAAUGGGCUGUACAGUGUUGGGCUUGCUCGUAAAGGAUUUCCUGGAUCAUCACAGGAUGCCCGAAAUGUAGCCAAUGACAUCAAGGCCCAACUCUGACUGUUCCUUUAGUACUUUAGUUGUGUCUGGUUAUUGUUAUUGUUAUUAUUAUUAAAAUAAUAUGGAUUAAUAGUAAUAUUAGUAGUUUUAAAUAUAUGUGAUUAUUAUGUUGUAUUUUGAAGUAAUAUGUUUCUGUAUAAAUAAUAUGGAUUAAUGGGUUUCUUCAAGAAUGAA